GAAUUAAAGAAAGUAUAAUAUUUCGUAUUCAUUUCCCCCCAAAAGUUUCUUCUAGAAAUUCUCUGGCAAUUCCGAAAUUCCGCUACAAACCGGUGGCAUUUUACUUCCGCGUAGCUUACUUUUCCCCUAAUCUCAUACAUUCGAGGAGCCCAGGAUUUCAACUAGGGACUGUGAUUUUGGGAGACACCAAGGCAGAGUUUACUGGCUGAAAACAUAUAAAAGAGAAGGGGGGAAAACCCAUUUCAAAGUCGUUUCUUCUCUCUGCUUCAUUUUGAAGCUCGGUUCGGCCUUGACUCUUGAAGCCGAGGAUUUAGGGUUUACGAGGGUUUCUAGGGUUUUUAAGCUCUAUUCGGUUUUGUUCGGGACUGUGUUGGAGUUUGAGGUUCGUAUUCAGUCAUGGCCGCGGAGAAACUUAGGGAUUUGAGCCAGCCGAUCGAUGUACCAUUGUUGGACGCCACAGUUGCGGCGUUCUAUGGGACGGGAUCCGAGAAGGAGAGAACGGCUGCGGAUCAGAUAUUGCGGGAUUUACAGAAGAACCCAGAUAUGUGGCUGCAAGUAGUUCACAUUCUACAGAAGUCACAGAACUUGAACACCAAGUUCUUUGCUCUUCAGGUUCUAGAAGGUGUUAUCAAGUACCGGUGGAAUGUUUUGCCUGCAGAACAACGAGAUGGAAUGAAAAAUUAUAUAUCAGAAGUCAUUGUACAGCUUUCAAGUAAUGAAGCAUCUUUUCGGCAGGAAAGGCUUUAUGUCAAUAAACUCAAUAUUAUAUUGGUCCAGAUUCUGAAGCAUGAGUGGCCAGCCAGAUGGAGAAGUUUUAUUCCUGAUCUUGUUGCAGCGGCAAAAACUAGUGAAACAAUAUGUGAGAACUGCAUGGCUAUAUUGAAGCUUCUCAGUGAAGAGGUAUUUGAUUUUUCAAGAGGGGAAAUGACUCAGCAGAAGAUUAAGGAGCUUAAGCAGUCAUUAAAUAGUGAGUUUCAACUCAUUCAUGAGUUAUGCUUAUAUGUACUAUCGGCAUCACAAAGGACUGAACUUAUACGAGCAACGCUUGCGACGUUGCAUGCUUUCCUUUCAUGGAUUCCUCUGGGCUAUAUUUUUGAAUCUCCACUGCUUGAAAUACUGCUUAACUUCUUUCCAGUGGCAUCAUAUAGAAAUCUUACAAUCCAGUGUUUGACAGAGGUUGCAGCUCUUCAAUUUGGUGACUACUAUGAUGCACAAUAUGUUAAAAUGUAUAACAUUUUUAUGGUGCAAGUACAGACAAUUCUUCCACCUGCAACAAACAUACCUGAUGCUUAUGCCCAUGGUUCCAGUGAGGAGCAGGCGUUUAUUCAGAACCUGGCAUUGUUCUUUACUUCAUUGUACAAGGCACAUAUUAGAGUACUUGAAUCCACUCCAGAAAGUAUAUCUGCACUACUUAUGGGUCUUGAAUAUCUGAUUGGCAUUUCGUAUGUUGAUGAUACCGAGGUUUUUAAGGUCUGUUUGGACUAUUGGAAUUCUUUAGUUUUGGAGUUGUUUGAUGCACACCAUAAUGUGGAUAACAUUGCAGCUGCUGCAAGCAUGAUGGGGCAUCAGAUGCCAUUUGGUUCUGGUAUGGUUGAUGGUCUAGGAUCACAACUUUUCCAAAGACGACAGCUCUAUGCCACUCCAAUGUCAAAGUUGAGGAUGCUGAUGAUAUGUCGUAUGGCCAAGCCUGAAGAGGUUUUGAUUGUUGAGGAUGAAAAUGGGAAUAUUGUGCGUGAGACUAUGAAAGACAAUGAUGUUCUUGUUCAAUACAAGAUCAUGAGGGAAACACUGAUCUAUUUGUCACAUCUUGAUCAUGAUGACACUGAGCAGCAGAUGCUGAAGAAGUUAAAUAAACAAUUAAAUGGUGAGGAUUGGACAUGGAAUACUUUAAACACAUUGUGCUGGGCAAUAGGAUCUAUCUCUGGGUCCAUGAUGGAGGAUCAGGAAAACAGAUUUCUUGUUAUGGUCAUUCGUGAUCUUCUGAACUUAUGUGAAGUUACGAAGGGAAAAGAUAACAAAGCUGUUAUUGCUAGUAACAUUAUGUAUGUAGUUGGGCAAUAUCCUAGGUUUUUAAGAGCACACUGGAAGUUUCUGAAAACUGUUGUGAACAAGUUGUUUGAAUUCAUGCAUGAAACACAUCCGGGAGUUCAGGAUAUGGCUUGCGACACAUUUCUGAAAAUUGUUCAGAAAUGCAAACGUAAAUUUGUUAUUGUACAGGUUGGGGAAAGUGAACCAUUUGUUUCUGAACUUUUGACUGGUCUUCCAGCAACAGUUGCAGAUCUUGAACCUCACCAGAUCCAUACAUUUUAUGAAUCUGUUGGUCAUAUGAUUCAGGCAGAAUCUGAUCCUCAGACGAGGGAUGAGUAUCUACAAAGGCUCAUGGAACUUCCAAAUAGGAAAUGGGCUGAAAUUAUUGGACAGGCACGCCAGAGUGUGGAUUUUCUCAAGGAUCAAGAUGUUAUCAGAACUGUACUUAACAUUUUGCAGACAAAUACCAGUGUUGCAAGCUCACUUGGGACAUACUUCUUAUCUCAAAUUUCAAUUAUCUUUCUGGACAUGCUUAAUGUGUACAGAAUGUAUAGUGAGCUUGUAUCAAAAAGCAUUGCAGAAGGUGGGCCCUAUGCCUCUAAGACAUCUAUUGUAAAACUCCUGCGAUCAGUUAAGAGGGAGACUUUGAAGCUCAUUGAGACAUUUUUGGACAAAGCUGAAGAUCAACCACAAAUUGGAAAACAAUUUGUGCCGCCAAUGAUGGAUCCUGUUCUUGGUGACUAUGCUAGAAAUUUGCCUGAUGCAAGGGAGUCUGAAGUUUUGUCACUUUUUGCCACUAUUAUAAAUAAGUACAAGGGAGUAAUGACAGAAGAUGUUCCUCGCAUAUUUGAGGCAAUUUUUGAGUGCACACUAGAGAUGAUUACUAAGAACUUUGAAGAUUACCCAGAGCAUCGCCUAAAAUUCUUUUCAUUGUUGCGUGCAAUUGCAACCCAUUGUUUUCCUGCAUUGAUCCGCCUGUCAAGUCAGCAACUCAAGCUUGUCAUGGAUUCGAUCAUAUGGGCUUUUCGGCAUACUGAAAGGAAUAUUGCCGAAACUGGUCUUAACCUUUUAUUGGAGAUGUUGAAGAAUUUCCAGGCUUGUGAGUUUUGCAAUCAAUUCCACCGAACUUACUUUUUGACAAUUGAGCAAGAAAUUUUUGCAGUCUUAACAGACACAUUCCAUAAACCUGGUUUCAAGCUGCAUGUAUUGGUGUUACAGCACCUGUUUUGCCUGGUGGACUCUGGUGCACUGAAAGAGCCUUUGUGGGAUGCUUCAACUGUUCCUUAUCCAUAUCCCAACAACAUGAUAUUUGUUCGUGAAUGCACCAUAAAACUUUUGGGUGAAGCAUUUCCUAACAUGACCACAGCAGAGGUCACUCAUUUUGUAAAUGGGUUGUUUGAAUCAAGGAACGAUCUCUCCACAUUUAAGAAUCGCAUCCGUGACUUCCUUGUGCAGUCGAAAGAGUUCUCAGCUCAGGAUAACAAAGAUCUCUAUGCUGAAGAAGCAGCAGCUCAGAGAGAGAGAGAGCGUCAGAGGAUGCUUACUAUUCCAGGGCUUAUUGCUCCUAAUGAGCUGCAAGAUGAGAUGGUAGACUCAUAGCUGACAGGGUGAUCUAUCAUAGUGCUAAUCCAUUGUGCCUUCCUCCAAAAUUUCAGAGGGGUGCUUUGUAUCGAUUACCAGGUUUUCUUUGGAGGUGAGCAGAUCGACAUCCUUCAAUUUUAUUUUUCUUUUCCCCAAAUUUUCUUGGUAGAUUGGUGGAUCGUGAAGGCACUCCCCACUGGAAGGGCCGUCUGCGUUGCUGUUGAUACAUGCAGGACAAUAGUGUUGAAGUUGUAAGUAGUGGGUAGCUCUUCUUGGAAUAUAUGCUAAUGUAGAGAUAAGCAAGCCAUUUUCUGGCUGUCUUUGAAUCCGGUCUGAUGUUUUGUGUUUGUUACUGGAGCCUGGAGGCAUUACAAAGCUAGUGAUGUCUCAGCUGUUUGAAAUGCCUCUUUAGAUCGAUUGGUGAUUCAACAUAGUUUUACUGUAUACUAACUCAGCGGGGGAUUGCAGAAAUGAUUCUGUUUCUGCUAAAAACUAUAUUGUAUUUUGUUACUUUUGUUAAUGGUUGAAGAAGCUUCAUUUUUUUCUCCGUA